AGCAUGUCUCAUCGGUUUGAAAUGGGCUGCCUGUUAAGUGGAACUUCAUGUAACUAAAGCAAGGGAAAGAAAAAAAAAUCCGCCAUAACGCAAGGCAUUUCUCUUCUUUAUGGAAGCAGACUGCACAUUGGCUCGGCCAAGUCAAAAUAUCAAGCUAAUACGGAUCUUAGCCCUAACAUAAUCGCUAAAUUUCUCUUUAGGUUGCAGGCGGUUAACCCAUUUCUUCAUCAUUUAAAGGCAAGGAAGCUGCUGCAUCUUGCUACUCUUCCUUGCCAGGGAACAUAGGCUUUAAAGACUCCCCCGUAUCAACAGACACGUUGCAGAUUUGAAGAAAAAUGUCGGAACACGGAGGAACAAACGCGUCGACGGGAAAGAUAACGACAUUACGUGAGAACACACUCUUUGGGAUGGGAAACCCCUUGCUUGACAUCUCAGCUGUUGUGGACAAAGAUUUCCUUGACAAGUUUGGACUAAAGCCAAAUGACCAGAUCCUUGCUGAAGACAAACACAAAGCUUUGUUUGAAGAGAUCAUCAAGAGGAACAAAGUUGAAUACCAUGCUGGUGGUUCUACCCAGAACUCAGUGAAAAUUGCUCAGUGGAUGAUCCAGAAGCCGUACAAGGUGGCUACCUUUUUCGGGUGCAUUGGGAGAGACCAUUUCGGCGAGAUCCUGAAGAAGAAGGCUGAAGAAGCCCAUGUCGAUGCCCAUUACUAUGAGCAAAACGAGGAACCGACUGGUACUUGUGCGGCCUGUAUCACUGGAGACAAUAGGUCCCUUGUUGCUAACCUGGCAGCGGCAAACUGCUACAAAAAGGAAAAACACCUGGACUUGGACAGCAACUGGGAGCUGGUGGAGAAAGCCAAGGUCUAUUAUAUUGCGGGAUUUUUCCUCACUGUGUCCCCGGAGUCAAUCCUCAAGGUGGCAAAGCACGCUUCAGAAAACAACAAAAUCUUCUGCAUGAACCUCUCAGCACCAUUCAUCAGCCAGUACUUUAAGGAGCCGCUGAUGAAGGUUAUGCCUUAUGUUGACAUCCUGUUUGGCAAUGAGACGGAGGCGGCCACGUUUGCCAAAGAGCUGGGCUUUGAGACAGAUGACAUUGCAGAGAUCGCAAAGAAGACCCAAAACCUGCCCAAGGAGAACACAAAGAGACAGCGAGAGGUGGUCUUUACCCAGGGCAAGGACGACACCGUAGCAACUGUUGGCGAUAAAGUGACCGUGUUUCCUGUUUUGGACAUCGACCAGAAUGAUAUUGUGGACACUAAUGGAGCAGGAGAUGCCUUUGUGGGAGGAUUCCUCUCUGCAUUGGUGCAGCAGCAAUCAUUGGAGGAGUGCAUUCGGGCUGGUCACUACGCAGCCAAUGUCAUCAUCAGACGGGUCGGAUGCACCUUCCCAGAGAAGCCGAAUUUUCACUGAUAACUCCAAACUUGUCUUUCCCUGAAGAAACUCACUGUACUUGUAUGCUUCAGGAUUUUAUGUGCAUUUUUGUAUUUACAUUGACUGACUAUACGGGACUAAAGCUACAGCUUGACUAUUUAAUCAAGCUCAAAUAAGCAAGUCAGAUGUUGUAGCACAAUUCAGAGAAUUUAAUGGUAUUUGAAUAUGUUUGUGCACGAAGGAGGAUCCAAUCAGAACAUGUCUUAUUUGGCCUACUGGCCAGAAAUUGUUAUGAAGAAAAGUUUAAUCACUAAAGCACUUAGCAUUCUUUUGUUCUGUGUCCCAGCAUCACCUCCUCAUUUCUCUGACUCUGGUUUGAAAAGUUUUAUUUUGCUCUGUUGUAAUAAAAAAAAAAAUAUAUAUAUAUAAAAUUUAGCAUUUAUAGAAACAUGCAAAACGUGAGCUACUUUUUUUAAACCAAUAAAUUGAUGAUUCUACUCCUUCCAUUGGAGCUUUUGAGCUAUGAGGGGGUGAUGGUGCCACAGAAGUGGUGUAUUUGUUGGUGUAAAGUGAGUAUGAAGCAGCUAACUAAAAAGUUUUAUCUUUAAUGCAAAAUAUAUUGUCAGUUCAGAGAAUUCCUUUAGCUGUAAAGCUGCAGAAAUCAUUGAUCAGGUACUAUUACGGGUGGUUUUACAUUUCCAGAGGUUUAAUUUUAAUGGCACAAAACUGGAAAUUUUUUUUCUGCAUCAUACAAAUAAACAAAUAUUACAUUAA